GGUUCAGCUUCCCCAGCCGGACCCCAAACCCCAAAGCCCUGGGGGAAGGAAAUUCCAACUCGCUCCCGGCCCACCCCCGCCCCGUUCCUCUCUCCGGCUCGCUGCUUCUCUCGCUCCGAUGCCGCCGAGCUCGUCCCCGCUUCUGGACAACCGUGCGGCAGAGGCGGCGGCGAGCUCCCGGACUCCGGGCAGGGAAAUGGGGCAGGCAGUGACGCGCCGCCUCGGAGCUGGAGCCCGCGCAACGCCCCGCAGGGCGAUGGACGGCCGAACCCCGCGCCCGCAGGACGCCCCGGCUGCGCCCACGCCGCUCGCCACCCCAGCCGGGAGAAAACCAAAAGCCAAGGCACCACUUCCUCCAGCUGAGACCAAAUACGUUGAUGUCUCUUCAGCUGCUGAUUCUGCAGAAUCCACCGCUUUCAUCAUGGAACAGAAAGAAAACAUGAUAGAUAAAGACGUUGAACUCUCAGUGGUUCUACCCGGGGAUAUUAUCAAAUCUACUACUGUUCAUGGCAGUAAACCUAUGAUGGACUUGUUGAUAUUCCUUUGUGCACAGUAUCACUUAAAUCCAUCAAGUUACACAAUUGAUCUGUUGUCAGCUGAACAGAAUCACAUUAAAUUUAAGCCAAAUACACCAAUAGGAAUGUUGGAAGUAGAGAAGGUAAUUUUAAAGCCAAAAAUGUUGGAUAAGAAAAAACCUACACCUAUAAUACCGGAGAAAACUGUAAGAGUAGUGAUUAAUUUUAAGAAAACGCAGAAGACCAUAGUGAGAGUGAGUCCACAUGCAUCACUUCAAGAGCUUGCACCUAUUAUAUGUAGCAAAUGUGAGUUUGAUCCAUUGCAUACUCUAUUGUUGAAAGAUUAUCAAUCGCAGGAGCCCCUCGACAUGACAAAAUCUCUUAAUGACCUAGGACUAAGAGAAUUAUAUGCAAUGGAUGUCAACAGAGCCACUUCCGUUACUGUCUUCAGUAAGUCAUCUUUACAAGAGUCCUGCCAAAUAUCACAAAAUCUAGACAUUAUGAAAGAGAAAGAAAACAAAGGGUUUUUCAGUUUUUUUCAACGCAGUAAGAAAAAGCGGGACCAAACUGCAAGUGCACCUGCAACCCCUCUAGUAAACAAGCACCGCCCAACUUUUACAAGGUCCAAUACCAUUUCCAAACCAUAUGUUUCCAACACCCUGCCAUCGGAUGCACCCAAGAAGAGGCGGGCUCCAUUGCCCCCGAUGCCAGCAUCUCAGAGUGUCCCCCAGGACCUUUCACACAUCCAGGAGAGGCCUGCUUCUUGCAUAGUGAAAUCCAUGAGCGUCGAUGAGACAGAUAAGAUUCCCUGUGAAGGAGGCAGAGUGAGGGCAGGCUCACUGCAGCUCAGCAGCAAGUCUGCAGGGAAUUCAUCUUUGAAAAGGACAAAGCGAAAAGCACCUUCCCCACCCUCCAAAAUACCCCUGCAUCAAAGUGAUGAAAAUAGUCAUGUAUCUGCCUUACAGCCAGAAGAUGGAGCUCCUUCAGACAGUGUUUCAGAAGCAAACUCUCCUGCGGAGCUAUCAAGCCCAGAAACGUCCUUUGGCCCUGGGCUCUCCACUCAGGAGCAGUGCACUGUGUCCAAACUGAUGGAGGAAACCUCUGUCUUUGAGUGCCCUGGAACACCUGAGGCAGCCAUAACAUCACUGACAUCUGGAAUAAGCUCUGAUUAUAGCCUUGAAGAGAUAGAUGAAAAGGAAGAACUGAGUGACGUGCCUAAGGUAGAAGCUGAAAAUAUUUGUGUGAAGUCACAAGAUAUUCCUUUUGUAUCUACUGAUACAAUUAAUACACUGAAAAAUGAUCCUGACUCAGCCCUUGGCAAUGAUGGUGGAGAGUUCUCACAAAACUCCAAGGAAGAAAAACAAGAAACUAGAAGCACAGAUGGACAAGAACUGCACAGUGUAGUAUAUGAUACAAGCAAUGAAAAGAAGGUAGUUGACAGCCUAAGAAACUUGAAGUCAUUGGGCCCAAACCAAGAGAAUGUUCAAAAUGAAAUAAUUGUCUUUCCAAAGAACACAGAAGACAAUAUGAAAAAUGAAGUGAAGAAAACAGAAAUCAAUGUAGGAGGUGUUGCCAAAAAUAACGACAUUGAUAUGGAAGUUGAGAGACCAUCAAACUCCCAGGCACAUGAAACAGAUACUUCUAUAAGUUACAAGGAAAGCCAUCUAGCAGCAUCAGUACCAGAUAAAAAACUGAAUCAACCCAGUGUAGAAAAGACAAAAAUGCAAGAUGUAGCAAUUCAAACAACCCCGUCUUGUAACAGUUUUGAUGGGAAACACCAAGAUCAUAAUUUGUCUGACUCCAAAGUUGAAGAAAGUGUGCAAACUUCAAAUAACAUAUCAACUGAACACUCAUCCUUAAGUUCACAAGAUUCCGUAGAUACCUCAAGGGAAUUCAGGAGCCAAGGCACCCUAAUUAUACAUUCAGAAGAUCCGUUUACCAUAAAAGAUCCAAUUUGUGCACAUGGUAAUGCUGAUCUUUUGCCUUCUAUUGAUAGGAUUGAUAAAAAUUCAACUGCUUCUUACCUAAAGAAUUAUCCACUUUAUAGACAGGACUACAAUCCCAAGCCAAAACCUUCAAAUGAAAUUACACGAGAGUAUAUACCCAAAAUUGGAAUGACUACUUAUAAAAUAGUGCCUCCCAAAUCCUUGGAAAUACUGAAAGACUGGCAAUCAGAAACCAUAGGGUAUAAAGAUGAUCAGGACAUACAUACUUCAGGGAAAAAGCACACUCAUGAGAAUGUGGAAGAAACUGCCAUCCAAACAGAAGAUUCUGCUAUUUCUGAAGGCCCAAAAGGGCCACUGCCAGACCUUAAACCAAAGCCAAACCUGAGAACGGAGCAUCAGGUACACGGUUCUGUGAGCUCACCUGUUGGUGCCAUGGUUAGUCCUCUGAAACCUACUCCCAAAAUGACAAGAGACACUGGCACUGCUCCUUUUGCACCAAAUUUGGAAGACAUAAACAAUAUUUUGGAAUCAAAAUUUAAAUCUCGAGCUUCAAAUCCCCAGGCCAAACCCAGUUCCUUUUUCUUGCAGAUGCAGAAGAGAGUAUCGGGUCACUAUGUGACCUCUGCAGCUGCCAAGAGUGUCCAUGCUGCCCCUAAUCCUGCUCCAAAAGAACUGACAAAUAAAGAGGCGGAAAGGAAUAUGCUGCCUUCUCCGGAGCAAACUCUUUCUCCCUUAAGUAAAACGGCUCACUCUGUUCCACAACCCCUUGUUGAAAAAACUGAUGAUGAUGUCAUCAGUCAGAAGCCUGAUGAAGCCUCUCCUCCUCCCAUAGCUCCGAAACCUGUGACAAUUCCUGCUAGUCAGGUAUCUGCACAAAACCUGAAGACUCUGAAAACUUUUGGUGCCCCACGACCAUACUCAAGUUCUGGUCCUUCACCGUUUGCUCUCGCUGUAGUGAAAAGGUCACAGUCUUUCAGUAAAGAACGUACCGAGUCAUCUAGUGCCGGUGCAUCGGUUCAACCUCCAGCCAACACGGAGGAAGGGAAGACUCAUUCUGUAAAUAAAUUUGUGGACAUCCCACAACUUGGUGUGACUGAUAAGGAAAAUAACUCUGCACAUAAUGAACAGAAUUCUCAAAUACCAACUCCAACUGAUCGCCCAUCAUUCACUCUUAUGAGACAAAGUUCUUUACCAUUCCAAAGCUCUGACCCAGAACAGAUGAGACAGAGUUUGCUGACUGCAAUCCGUUCAGGAGAGGCUGCUGCCAAAUUGAAAAGGGUUACCAUUCCAUCAAAUACCAUAUCUGUGAACGGAAGGUCAAGACUCAGCCAUUAUUCCAUGUCUACUGAUGCUCAGGACGGCCGUUAAAUGUUACCCUGCCACACUGCACUGCACUUCCACUUCAGACCAACUUCAUGCUAACGGAACAUUUUGGCAAAUGUAUAUUCAGAUGCACACUAAUAUAUUAUCUGUUAAAAUAGGAGAAUUUAUGCUGUGGCUUUUAAUGCCAGAAGAAAAGUUACCAGAAUUUAUAAUUUUUUUUUAUAUUUUUUUGCCUUAAGAAUUGAAUAUGCUGCUUUAGAACUUUAAAACGAGGUGUAAAUGAUUUUCAUUUUUUACAAAUGAAAAAUAAUCACUUUGUAUUGAUUUCACUUACCAACACAUUCUCUGCAAUGGUGACUUAGACAAAAGUAUUAGAUUCAUAGAAUUAUAUAAUGAGGACAAACUUAGAUCUGACAUUUGCUGCCUCAGUGUUACAAUUGGAAAUAUUUAUAAGUUAUAUGAAAGCCUGUUUUGUGCUGAAAGAAUGAUUUAGAAAGUGAUAUCAAAUAAGUAUAUUCAGUUCAAUAAUUAUUUUCAGUGAUGAAUUACUUAGUGUGAAAGACUUGCCUUGUGUAUUCUUUAUGUAAUUACAAAUCACUGUCAAAUUUAUGAGAAGCUCAUAGUAUUUUAAUAUUUUAUUAACAUGGAACUCUUGUUUUUUUUUUAAUCUUUAGAACUUAAAUUCUGCAAGAAUUUUAAAUAUUUUCUGUAUAUAAUUAUGACAUUGUCACAUAGAAAUUACACAUUUUAUGUGCCAGAAGCCUUAAAAAUCUUUCUGUGAAAAUGUUGAUAUAUUGAGACAGUUAUUUCACAUUUGAUAUGUAGAGAGGAAUAGGGGUUAGUUCAUGUCCUUAUAAAAAACUUUAAAGACUAUUUAGAAGUUCCAGAAAUUCUGGUUUUAAUUCAGGUAAAAUGAUAAAAUAGUCAUUAUAUAGUUCAGAUGCUAAUAUCCUAAAUAAUAAUAUAUAUUUACAUUAAAGCUAAAACUGUUAAGCAAAACAAUGCCGAAUUUGUUGGCUUACGGCUCUUCUGGAGUCUAGAGCCUGUUGGUGUUCUCUUCCUACUUUAAGAAUUUAAUUGCUCACUUAUUCUAAAAGCUUUGUUCAAACAAGAUAUUAAAUUUGUUUUCACUUUAACUACUGGAAUAUCUGCCUCUUUGGGAUUUUUUUUCUAUUUAAUAAAAGCAAGUUGUAUAUUU